UUUGUAUCAGGUUAGUGGAAAGCCAAAUCAUGCACGAGUAGUGAAUUUGGCUGCAAGGACAUGUAGUUGCAGAGCCUGGGAAGUAACAGGAAUGCCAUGCAGACAUGCUGUGGCUGCAAUUUGGGAGAAAGCUGCUAAUGGGGGCAGGGUGGGUGCUUUGGAGAGUUGGGUACAUCCGGUUCAUACAAUGGAGAGGUGGAAAGAGGUGUACUCUUUUAGGGUGAACCCUAUCAAUGGUAGGACAUUAUGGACAAGGGUAAAUGCUCCUACAACGAUUACACCCCCAAAACAUCACACCCAGGUUGGUAGACCCAAGAAAUUAAGGAAGAGAUCUGCUGUGGAGCUUGAAGAGAUGACCCAAUCAGGAAGGCUGUCCAAAAAGCACACUAAAGGUGCAUGUUCAAAGUGUAAGAAGACUGGACAUAAUUCCAGGACUUGCAAGGGUCAAGGUGAAGCUGUCAAGACUGGCAAAUCAGGCAAGAGUGGCAAUGCAGGGAAGAAAAGGAAGGCAGCAGCAAAGUGAAGCUGUUUUAUGUCUUUUGAACUUAUUGGUUGCUAGUUUUUAGAUGUUUGUGAACAUGUUUUAUGUCUUUUGGGUAAACUUUUUAUGUCUUUUGGGUUGCUACUAUUUAGAUGUUUCUGACUUGUUGGUAGUAUUUGGAACUAUUUGGAACAUGAAUCAGGUUUGGCUAU